AUGUCCAUGCAAGACUUUUCGGACAAUUUGUCGACCCUUUCAUACAUACCACCAAGUCGGUGCCCGACUUGGCUCUACAACAAAAAAGACAAGUCCUUUCUAGGUCGAACUUGUGCAUCAUGGGCUAAAAUAUUUCUCUAUUACUGUUUUUUCUAUGCAAUCCUCUCUGGAUUCUUCUUGGGGAUGAUAAUGGUCUUUCUGCAAUUUAUUGUUCCUGCUAAGGUUCCAAUGCGAACUGGCCAUCAGAGCCUCCUCAGAUUCCAACCAGGUCUUGGUAUGAGGCCCAUCAUUGAUGAGGAUAAGACUCUUAUUUACUACUCAAGCCGAGAUCCUCAGGUCUACUAUGAAUAUGUCGACAACUUGAACGCCUUAAUAUCCUAUUAUGAAGAAAUAAAUGUGAAACCAGCCAUCGGCUUUGCGAAUUGCACAAAUGACCAAAAGUCACCUAAUGAGCCGAAAAAAGUGUGUCGUUUUGAUCUGGAGUCCCUCGGACCUUGUAACAAGUCCAACAACUAUGGCUAUCCUGAUGACAAGCCCUGUGUCAUACUUAAGCUGAAUCGUGUCUAUGGUUGGAUGCCAGAUGUCACUGAUGCUGCAAUUCCGCACACUCUGGUCUCUUGUGAAGGCCAGAAUCCUGAGGAUCAGGAAAACGUUGGGCCAAUGAAGUUUUAUCCGAGUAUCAUAAAGAACGGCACUGAAUACGGUGUAUUCCACAACCAAUACUUCCCUUUCCUGGGCCAGAACGGUUAUACAUCUCCACUAGUGGCAGUACAGUUUGAAAAGUUGGAGAAGCACAUUCUUAUCCUCGUCCAAUGCCGUCUCUAUGGCGCUACAAAUGUGGACCCAGAACCGGUCAAGUUUGAAAUCCUUCUCGAUUAA